AAAAAUCCGAGUGGCCUGUCAGUGGAGAGUGGCGAAAGAAUCCAAAUCCUCUCUCUCUCUGUCUCUCCGUCUCUAUCUCUCUCUCCUCUCUUUUCGAUGGGUUCCUCUCAUCGCCGUUCGAUCCUCCGGUCUGAGAGACAUCUCAGCCGUUUAUCUUUCCCAUCUCGAUCAGACGCCUUGAAGCUCAGAAGCGAUGAUAGAUCUGUUGCCGUUCAUAUCCGAUUCAGUCGGUAGCAGCAGGCCUUCUUCUCGUGUCUUUGAUUUCUUGCAGCUCUUCAAAAACCCUAGGUUUCUAGACACGACCUCCUUGCAGAAAUCGCUCACGGCAGCUCCCAUCGCUGCUCGUGUAUAAAACCCUGCGCGGAGAUAGAUGCAUCAUCUGACUGCUAGAACUUGCUGAUUCGAAGCUCGGUAGGUGUGGUUCAUCAGAUCGGGCCUUGGACGGUCGGGAUUCCGCGAUCUCGAUGGAGAAUCGGAGAUUCAGCCGCGCGAUGAGCUUCGGCAUAUCGGAUGAGGCGCUUGUGUGCGUGAUGGCCUACAUCGAUGAUCCCCGCGACCGUGAUGCGGUUUCUCAGGUGUGCCGGAAAUGGUACAACAUCGAUGCUCGGACGCGGAAGCACAUCACGAUCGCCCUCUGCUAUUCGACUAUGCCGGCUCGCCUGCGGAUGCGGUUUCUGGGCCUCGAGUCGUUGAAAUUGAAGGGGAAGCCGCGGGCCGCGAUGUUCAACCUCAACCUCAUACCGGAGGAUUGGGGAGGGUACGUCGGGCCCUGGGUCAAUGAGAUCUCAAAGGGCUUCAAUUGCCUCAAAUCACUCCAUUUCAGGCGGAUGAUCGUACGUGACGCUGAUCUUGAGGUGCUGGUCCGGUCACACGGGCAUAUGCUGCAGGCGCUUAAGCUGGAUAAGUGUUCCGGUUUCUCGACAGAUGGAUUAUUGCAGGUCACCCAAUCUUGCAGAUGCCUAAGAACCUUGUUUUUGGAAGAGAGCUCCAUUUUUGAGAAAGAUGGUGAUUGGCUCCAUGAACUUGCUGUGAACAACAAUGUCCUAGAGACUUUGAACUUUUAUAUGACGGAGCUCAAAUUCAUCAACACUAAAGACCUUGAAUUGAUAGCCAAGAACUGCCGCUCCUUACUUUCUUUAAAAAUCAGUGAUUGUGAAAUCUUGGAUCUAUGUGGUUUUUUUCGUGCAGCAUUAACUCUAGUAGAGUUUGGUGGUGGUUCAUUCAACGAUGAAACAGGGGAUCUCGACAAAUACUCUAGCGUGUCGUUUCCUCCAAACUUGUGCCGCAUGGGUCUAAACUACAUGGGGAAGAAUGAGAUGCCUAUAUUGUUCCCACGUGCAUCUUUACUCAAGAAGUUGGACCUUCAAUAUACAUUUCUCGAUACCGAGGAUCAUUGCCAGCUGAUUCAACGAUGCCCCAAUUUAGAGGUUCUUGAGGUGCGUAAUGUGAUCGGAGACAGCGGAUUAGAAAUUCUCGCUCGGAACUGUAAGAGACUUCGGAGGCUUAGGAUUGAGUGUGGGGAGGAUGAACAGGACGAACAAGGCAUGGUUUCGCAGAGGGGCCUAGCUACACUGGCACAAGGCUGUCCAGAUCUGGAAUACCUGGCUGUCUAUGUAUCUGAUAUCGCGAAUUCAGCUUUGGAAUCUAUUGGCACUUUCAGCAAAAACCUCACUGAUUUCCGAUUGGUCUUACUUGACAAGGAAAAAACAAUAACGGAGCUACCACUUGACAAUGGGGUCCGUGCUCUGUUAACGGGCUGCCAGAAGCUUAGGAGGUUCGCUCUCUAUCUACGACAAGGGGGUCUGUCAGACAUUGGUCUUGGUUAUCUCGGCAAGUACAGUGACAACAUUAGGUGGAUGCUGUUGGGUUUUGUGGGAUGUUCUGAUGCUGGGCUUCUGGAAUUCUCGAAAGGCUGCCCCAGCCUGCAGAAGCUUGAGAUUAGGGGCUGUUGCUUCAGCGAGCGGGCGCUGGCCCUUGCUGUGUUGCAGCUGAGGUCUCUGAGAUACAUAUGGGUGCAAGGGUACAAUGCAUCCAAAACAGGCAGUGAUCUUUUGGCCAUGAUUCGUCCCUAUUGGAACAUAGAAUUCAUUCCUCAGAGACAGGCCAUUGUAUACGAUGAGUUUGGUAGUCCUGCAGAAGUUGACAGGGUUGAGCGGCCAGCUCAGAUACUUGCUUACUAUUCCCUUGCAGGGCGAAGGAUGGAUUACCCUGAAACGGUCAUUCCUCUUUACCCAUUCCCAUUGUCCUUGGGUGUGUGACUGUGCAUAUCUCUCUCUCUCUCUCUCUCUCUCUCUCUCUCUCUCUCUCUCUCUUCUUUUCUUCAGUCACACUGUUGUAUCGGCUGUGUGCUCUGGAUGGUUACUGUAUAUCUUUCGUGUAUUAUUUACAAUCCGAGCUUUGUAAUCCUGUAAUAAGUUUGUAUUCUGUAACCGGAAAGAAUUCCGCUCGAGCGUGCUGAAGCUGUGGGACAGACGGAUCUGAGAAAUGAUUUCAUGGGGCAUACAUUAUUCCACGUGGCUAAUCGUCAUACAUCUCAGGUUUGCCCUCCUCUCACUGCAGCUUUGUGGGCCAUUCGAGUUUGGAAGGAAAUCCUUGUCUCUGUCUGAGAUAACCAACAGCUUCCCAGUGGCACCAGCUGAGAUAAUUGGCUUCGUGAUCUUGAAAGCUGAGGCACCAAUCAGUGAUUGCUUAAAGAAUGCAAUGAUUGAAGGUUUAGGAUCAUCAGUCUGGGAGAUUUCUGGUGUGUACCCAUAUCAUACCAAUAGUCUAGAUCACUAAGGAGGCCGGAUAUUUAGGGAAACCUGCAUCUUAGAGAUUUGGGGAUCCUUUGGAUUCUAUUGUCUUCGUCACAUAUUUUGCCAUUGAAUAGGAAUGGAGUGCUGAGAUUUGCGGAAGGACUGUUACAUGCUCUUUCAUGCUUACCAGAUUGGCUGCUAUUACUUGCGACGGGUUCAUGGCAGAGAAAUUUGUUUGCAUGAACAUACACAGAUAUCUGGAGCCAUUGCAGGGAGUGUCUGGAUCGGAUUUGUCACUGUUGUAGCUUGAGAUUUUCUCUCAGUAUCUGGAUUGUUGUUGUAGCUGUUGCUUUGGAAUUAUCCACUAUGUUUCUACUGAAGAACUGGCUAUUAAUGAUGCUUUGUUGUAUUUGUUUCUUA